AUGGUCAAGUUGACGGAUCUCCUGGCCAGCACAUGGCUUAUACCUCUGGCUUCCGGAGCGAGCCAAUCGUUUUUAACUAGUACAACCACUUCACAACCGCAAUUUACCAUUCCCGCUUCUGCAGAUGUCGGGGCGCAGCUGAUUGCCAACAUCGACGAUCCCCAGGCUGUCAACGCGCAGUCGGCCUGUCCAGGUUACAAGGCUUCAAAUGUCCAGCAUAGCCCGCGAGGAUUUUCUGCCAGCCUACAGCUCGCGGGCAAGCCAUGCAACGUCUAUGGUACGGAUAUUGAUUCAUUGGCCUUGUCUGUGGAGUAUCAGGACUCGAAUCGCCUGAAUAUCCAGAUUCUCCCCACCUAUGUCGAUGCAUCCAACGCUUCAUGGUACCUUCUUUCGGAAACACUGGUUCCUAGACCAAAAGCUUCCUCGAAUGCAUCUGUCUCACAGAGUGACUUUCUCGUAUCGUGGUCCAACGAGCCGUCUUUCAACUUCAAAGUGGUCCGGAAGGCUACCGGCGAUGUUCUUUUUGACACAGAAGGUACUGUGUUGGUAUACGAAGAUCAGUUCAUCGAAUUUGUGACAGCUCUGCCGGAUGAAUACAACUUGUAUGGCCUGGGAGAGCACAUCACACAGCUUCGUCUCCAUAGAAAUUCCAACCUCACUAUAUAUGCCUCGGACGAUGGAACCCCUCUUGAUAGCAACAUCUACGGUCAGCAUCCAUUCUAUCUGGAUACAAGAUAUUACAAGGUGGAUGCGCAGAAUGGGACUCAUAUCCCAGUCAAGAGCAGCGAGGCUGAUGCAUCGCAAGAAUAUGUGUCGUCAUCCCAUGGAGUGUUCUUGAGAAAUGCUCAUGGACUGGAGAUCCUUUUGCGGCCCCAGAAAUUGAUAUGGCGGACCCUAGGCGGAGGGAUUGAUCUGACAUUCUACUCGGGUCCAACUCAGGCCGAUGUCACCAGGCAAUAUCUCACCAGCACUGUGGGACUACCGGCUAUGCAACAAUACAGCACUCUUGGCUUUCAUCAAUGUCGUUGGGGCUACAACAACUGGUCCGAACUCGCAGACGUUGUUGCUAACUUUGAGAAGUUUGAAAUUCCCUUGGAAUAUAUCUGGACGGACAUUGACUAUAUGCUUGGAUACCGCAAUUUUGAAAAUGAUCCGAACCGAUUUUCCUACAGCGAAGGCGAGGAGUUUCUCAACGACCUACAUGACAGUGGACGUUAUUAUGUGCCCAUCGUUGACUCGGCACUCUACAUUCCAAAUCCGGAAAAUGCGUCUGAUGCGUACCCUACUUAUGAUAGAGGUGCUGCGGAUGAUGUUUUCCUCAAAAACCCCGAUGGUAGCCUCUACAUUGGGGCUGUCUGGCCGGGAUACACUGUCUUCCCUGAUUGGCAUCAUCCCAAGGCGGUCGACUAUUGGACAAACGAGCUUGUCAUCUGGUCAAAGAAGGUGGCGUUCGAUGGGGUGUGGUAUGACAUGUCUGAAGUUUCCUCCUUCUGCGUCGGAAGCUGCGGAAGCGGAAAUUUGACACUGAACCCUGCUCACCCACCGUUUCUGCUGCCUGGUGAGCCGGGCGAUAUCAUAUAUGACUACCCGGAGGCGUUCAACAUUACCAAUGCUACAGAGGCGGCAUCCGCGUCGGCGGGCGCUGCUAGUCAGGCCGCGGCAACCGCGACAACCACGUCGACUUCGGUAUCAUACCUGCGGACGACGCCCACGCCUGGUGUCCGUAAUGUUGAGCACCCACCCUACGUGAUCAAUCAUGAUCAGGAAGGUCAUGAUCUCAGCGUCCAUGCGGUCUCACCGAAUGCGACCCAUGUCGAUGGCGUUGAGGACUAUGAUGUGCAUAGUACUUUUGGCCACCAGGGGCUGAACGCUACCUAUCAAGCUUUGCUCGAGGUCUGGUCUCAUCAGCGGCGGCCGUUCAUCAUUGGCCGCUCGACCUUUGCUGGCUCAGGAAAAUGGGCAGGCCACUGGGGCGGCGACAACUAUUCCAAGUGGUGGUCCAUGUACUAUUCCAUCUCGCAAGCUCUCUCGUUUCAACUGUUUGGCAUCCCGAUGUUCGGUGCCGACACCUGCGGUUUCACUGGAAACAGCGAUGAGGAGCUCUGCAAUCGCUGGAUGCAACUGUCGGCAUUCUUCCCAUUUUACCGCAAUCAUAAUGAGCUCUCUACCAUCCCACAGGAGCCCUAUCGAUGGGCCUCGGUCAUUGAGGCAAGCAAGACCGCGAUGAGGAUUCGUUACGCCAUCCUGCCUUACUUCUAUACGUUGCUUGACCUAGCCCACACCACUGGAUCCACCGUCAUGCGUGCGCUUGCCUGGGAGUUCCCCAACGAUCCCACCUUGGCAUCUGUUGAGACCCAAUUCCUCCUUGGCCCGUCGAUCAUGGUGAUCCCGGUCCUGGAGCCUCAGGCUGAUACUGUCAAGGGCGUGUUCCCGGGUGUCGGUCAUGGCGAAGUGUGGUACGACUGGUACACACAGACUGCCGUUGAUGCCAAGCCCGGGGUUAACACGACCAUUCCGGCGCCAUUGGGCCAUAUUCCGGUAUAUGUUCGGGGCGGCAGCGUCCUGCCGAUGCAAGAGCCGGCAUUGACCACGCGUGAGACCCGGCAGACUCCUUGGGCUUUGCUGACCGCGCUGGGAAGUAAUGGAACCGCAUCGGGGCAACUUUACCUCGAUGAUGGGGAGAGCGUCUACCCCAAUGCAACGCUCCAUGUGAAUUUCACAGCAUCGCAGUCGAGCCUGCGGUCCUCGGCACGGGGGACAUGGCACGAGCGCAACCCGCUUGCAAAUGUGACGGUGCUUGGUGUGAGCAAGGAGCCCUCGGCUGUGACUCUGAACGGGCAGCGGGUGUCGCCAGGGUCGAUCGGAUAUAACUCGACAUCACAAGUCCUAUUUGUAGGGGGCCUGCAGAACCUGACGGCGGGUGGAGCAUGGGCGAAGAACUGGGUGUUGGAAUGGUAG